AUGACAGUUGAAGGCCUUACUAGAGAAAACGUGGCCAGCCAUCUUCAGAAAUACAGGCUUUACCUUAAAAGAAUCAGUGCUGCUGCGGCGACAAACCAGCAAGGAAACAUGGUUGGAUCAUAUGGGAACAAAGAUCUGUCUUUUAUUCGAACCGGUUGUAAUUCCCUUCUAGAAGGAGGAGAUUUUCAAACAUUAUCAGGUUCUAUUCUGCCAUCGUCUUAUUCGCCGGUGGGAAUGGGAAUGCUCGGAAGAUUGAACAAUCCGGUUAGUAUAAGCAGCAGCCUCCUCAAUUUUCCAUCCACUGCCGGUGGUCAUCUCCGGCAGAACUCCAUACCUGAUCUUGGGAAAUUCCAGCAGUUGGAACAGUUAGAGCUUGAACAAGGUUCAAAAUUUGGAGAAGUUCUUCCAAGCAGCAAUUCUUUGGGUAUUUUUCUUGAUAACGGAUCAUCAUCAUCGUCUAGCAGAUUGCAAGUAUCAACUUCUUUGGUAAAUCACUUACCAGUUAUUAAAGAAGUACCUUCUUUAUAUAAUGAUGAUCAUCAUCAGGCUUACAAUGGUUUGAAAAUGAACAAUUCUUCAUCAACCGGAGCUUUUUUUAGUCAUCAGAAUCAGAACAUAGAUUACAAUAGUUUCAAUGGAGUUCAUCAUGAGCAGAACAGAAACCAAUCAAACAACAGUAGUACUGCUCUGAUCUUGAAGCAGACAAAACAAGCUGGAUUUGGUCAUAAUGGUUAUGAUGCUUUGGAUGAUCUCAUGAACUCAAUGAUGAAACAACAAGACGGCGGCGGUGGCGGCGGAGGGGGAGUGUUGAUGAUGGAGGAGGGAGAGUUGUUUGGAUUUGGUUCUUAUCCAACCUCCUUUGAUUCCUCUACUAAUUCUACUACUACUCAUCCUUAUAUAUUAUGA